AGGAGAGGGAAGGGAGAGAGGAGGGAGGGAGCGGAGCGCAGCCCCGUCGCCGGGAAGGCAGCCGGAGCUCCUGCGCGCAGCAAGGCUUGUGAACGAGCAUGGCAGAAAACGGAGCAGUUUGUGGUAAAAGAUAGAGAUUGGAGGAACAGCUCCUAGAUCCUACAAGAAGUCUCUAGGAGAUGACUGUGUUCAAAAGAGGACAGAGCUGCUGAAGUGCCUGUUGUACUGCCCAAGAGCACACAAGAGAAAAGCAGUGUGUAAACUGAGCGGCAGGAGCACAGAGAAGUGCAAACAUAGCGAAAGGAGGCUGUCAUUCCCAGAACCAGGAUCUCUCUUGGACAUUUCAAAGGACUACAAAAAGGACCUACUUUCUUCUCACGGGACCUAAGAUACUGUGCUUUGACUUCUAAGUCAACCCUCGUAUAUGUGGACUUCGGGUAGAAUGAGAAAUGCAAAGAACUUGCUUGGACUCGGGGUCUCCUUGUAUUUUUGGGGACUGAUGGACCUUACUACAACUGUGCUGUCAGGAAGUGCCAGGCCACUCACUGAAGGGCCAGAAGACAACCUGUCAGACAAGCUGCAUCAGCGUAUGAAGAGGAGCUGGGUGUGGAACCAGUUCUUCGUUCUGGAGGAGUACACAGGAACUGACCCUCUGUAUGUUGGGAAGCUCCACUCUGACAUGGAUAGAGGAGAUGGUUCCAUCAAAUACAUCCUCUCGGGAGAGGGAGCUGGCAUUGUGUUUACAAUCGAUGAUACCACAGGGGACAUUCAUGCCAUUCAGAGACUGGACCGUGAAGAAAGGUCGCAGUACACCCUGAGGGCACAGGCUCUGGACAGGAGAACGGGCAGGCCAAUGGAACCGGAGUCAGAGUUCAUCAUCAAAAUCCAAGACAUCAACGACAAUGAGCCCAAAUUCCUGGAUGGACCAUAUGUAGCCUCUGUACCGGAAAUGUCACCUGUGGGCACCUCUGUUAUCCAGGUGACAGCAACAGAUGCUGAUGACCCAACCUAUGGGAACAGUGCGAGAGUAGUGUACAGUAUUCUCCAAGGACAACCAUAUUUCUCUGUGGACUCUCGGACAGGCUUAAUUAGGACAGCUCUGAUGAACAUGGACAGAGAAGCAAAAGAAUAUUACGAAGUGAUUAUCCAGGCCAAGGAUAUGGGUGGACAGCUGGGAGGAUUAGCUGGAACAACCACAGUCAACAUCACCCUCUCUGAUGUCAAUGACAAUCCACCCAGAUUUCCACAGAAGCAUUAUCAGAUGAGCGUGCUGGAGUCUGCUCCCGUCAGCUCCACCGUGGGCCGCGUGGUUGCUAAAGACCUGGAUGAAGGCAUUAAUGCAGAGAUGAAAUACAGCCUUGUGGAUGGAGAUGGACUGGAUGUCUUCGAUAUUAACACUGAUCCUAAUUACCAAGUUGGCAUCAUAACUGUGAGAAAGCCUCUAAGCUUUGAGAGCAAGAAAAGCUACACGUUGAAAGUAGAGGGUGCCAACCCCCACCUGGAAAUGCGAUUCCUGAACCUGGGUCCCUUCCGAGACACCACCACGGUUCACAUCAGCGUGGAGGAUGUGGACGAGCCUCCUGUGUUCGAGCCCAGCUUUUACUUUGUGGAGGUGCCUGAGGACGUGGAGAUUGGAACCACCAUACAGAUCAUUUCUGCCAAGGACCCAGACGUGACCAACAACUCGAUCAGAUACUCGAUUGACAGGAGCAGCGAUCCGGGGCGGUUCUUUUAUGUCGACAUUACAUCGGGAGCACUGAUGACUGCGAGACCUCUAGAUCGGGAGGAUGUUUCUUGGCACAACAUCACAGUGCUGGCCAUGGAGCUGAACAAUCCCUCGCAGGUGGGCAGUGUCUCCGUGACGGUGAAAGUCCUGGACGUGAAUGACAAUGCGCCGGAGUUUGCAAGGUUCUACGAAUCUUUCGUUUGCGAAAACGCCAAAGCAGGACAGCUGAUCCAGACAGUGAGUGCCAUCGACCGGGAUGACCCACAGGAUGGUCAGCACUUCUACUACAGCCUGGCUCCGGAGGCAGCCAACAACCCCAACUUUACUCUGAGGGACAAUCAAGACAACACGGCGUGGAUUUUGACAAGGCGCUCUGGCUUCAGACAGCACGAGCAGAACACCUUUUACCUCCCCAUCCUGAUCAGCGACAACGGCCGCCCCGUGCUGAGCAGCACGGGCACGCUGACCAUACACGUGUGCAGCUGCGACGAUGACGGCAUGGUGAUGUCCUGCAACGCCGAGGCCUACGUCCUUCCCGUCAGCCUGAGCAGAGGGGCACUCAUUGCAAUCCUCGCCUGCAUCUUUGUCCUGCUAGUGCUGGUGCUCCUCAUCCUCUCCAUGCGGCGCCAGCGGAAGCAGCCAUACAUCAUCGACGAGGAGGAGAACAUCCAUGAGAACAUCGUCAGGUAUGACGAUGAAGGCGGUGGGGAGGAGGACACGGAGGCCUUCGAUAUCGCCGCCAUGUGGAAUCCACGGGAAGCCCAGCUCGUGUUAAAAAACAGGCAGGACAUGCUCCCUGAAAUAGAGAGCCUCUCCAGAUACGUGCCUCAGGCGUGCGUCAUGGACAACAACGUCCAUAACUACGUGCUCGCCAAGCUGUAUGAGGCUGACAUGGACCUCUGGGCUCCUCCCUUCGACUCCCUCCAGACGUACAUGUUUGAAGGGAACGGUUCAGUGGCAGAGUCACUCAGCUCCCUACAGUCGGUGACGACAGACUCAGACCAGAGCUACGACUACCUGACGGACUGGGGGCCACGCUUCAAAAAGCUGGCCGAGAUGUACGGUGCCACGGACAGCAGCGGGGCUCUGUGGUAAUGGGCGAGGAAUUGCAGAGGGAUUUCCAUGCGAAAUGGUGUCCGAUUAGGUCCAUUCUCAUCAGAUGCUUCCAUGGACAUGGGUGAGGCCUCCUAAAAUAGCAAUACGGUGCUUGAAUGAGAAUGGGAAGAAGGGUGUGAAUGAAGGUCUCUCUGGAUCAGCUUUACUCAGUUAAAUUAAGUCAUGUUUUGAAACAAUGAGAAGCAGAAGGAAGAAAGCUUUUCCUGCUUUUUUACAGAAAAAAAUGGAAAGUUCCACUCCUAGAAUAUAAUGACGUUACUUUUCUUCUCCCUCCCUCCCCUUUCCCUCUCCUACAUAUGGCAGCUUACUGAGCUCUAUACAUAUGGGUUCAAAGACCUGUAAACUCCAAUUGUAAUCUCCAGCUCACUGAGAAAUUGUCAGCACAGAAAAGAAAAUAACCCCACUGGUUAUUUCCCCCCCAUCAAAAAGGAGGGGAAAUAAAGAAGAAGGAGGAAAAAAAAAAAAAAGAAAAGAAAAAAAAAAGAAAAAAAUGAAAAAGAAAAAAAAAGAAAGAAAUGCUUGCUAACAAGAGAAAAAAAAAACACAGAGCAGAAAAUUGAAACAGGGAUCUCUGAGGUCUCUUUGUAAACUAAAACCUCCUCUCUCUGUUGCUAUCAGAGUCCUUUUUUUAAACCUUUAGAAACAAGGCUGAGAUUUUUUUUUCACCUGGCUGAGAGGGCUGGGUAAGAGGCUUUGAAUUUCUGCUCUAGUUUAAUGGCUGAUCUAUGAGUCAUUGACGUUAAUACUAAUCCAUCUCCUAUCAAGUUUGUGUAAAUUUAUUCUCCUCUUGACUCUUUAAAACCAUUACACUGCUAAACUGCUCAGAGCAAAACCAGAAAAUCUGCCUCUUUUGCACUGUAGAUGUCUCUUCCACGUGCCAAAUGUGAAGAUUAGAUUCUACCAAUGAAAGCCAAAUAAAUUAAAUAAAAAAAAAGAAAAAGGUAAAAAAAGAGAAAGCUAUAUUUGGUAACUACAUGGGUUAGAUGGGCUUUCCUAAUCUGUGUGAGGUCAAUCCAAGGGAUGUUUACAUACUGUAGAUAACCUACUUGAACAAAUGCAGUAUUAUAGACCAAUAAAUGGAUGUAAGAAAAUUACAUGUAUAAGUUUUGUAUAUUUGUUAAUUUUGGUAAUAAAUAUGAUGUACUGCAUACAGUACGGGACCUUAGCACCUCUUUUAAUAAAAGUUAAACAGAAGGGAAA